AACCCGUGAGGCUAGAACCCCGGGCGAGGUCGGUUGGAGCAAGUAUGUCUGUCCGGAGGCACAUUGGGAAUCCUGAGUAUCUGACCAAAAGGAUACCACAGAACCCGAAGUAUCAGCAUGUCAAGUCAAGAUUGGAUACUGGUAACAGUAUGACUAAAUACACUGAGAAGCUAGAAGAGAUCAAAAAAAAUUAUAGAUACAAAAAAGAUGAGCUUUUCAAGAGAUUAAAAGUUACAACUUUUGCCCAACUGGUCAUCCAAGUUGCUUCCCUCUCUGAUCAAACCUUGGAAGUGACAGCUGAGGAGAUUCAGAGGCUGGAAGACAAUGAUUCUGCAACUUUAGACCCAGAUACAGAAAUCACUACCAGGACCAAUGGGAAAGGGAGCCCAGGUGAACAUUCACCUAGUCCUGUCCAGUUAAUAAACAGCGUGGGAUCAGGGGACUCCAGUCGCUCAACUCUGCAGAGUGUCAUCAGUGGUGUUGGGGAACUGGAUCUUGACAAAGUGCUAGUAAAGAAACCAGAGCCUAACGCCAAAGACAGACCUUAUCCUGACUGCCCCUUCCUGCUGCUAGAUGUGCGUGAUAGAGAUUCCUAUCAGCAGUGCCACAUUGUUGGAGCUUACAGUUACCCAAUUGCAACUCUAUCUAGAACAAUGAACCCUUAUUCAAAUGAUAUUCUUGAAUAUAAAAAUGCCCAUGGCAAGAUCAUCAUUCUGUACGAUGACGAUGAGAGGCUGGCAAGCCAGGCAGCCACCACCAUGUGCGAGCGGGGCUUUGAAAACCUCUUCAUGCUUUCUGGAGGUCUAAAAGUCCUAGCUCAGAAAUUCCCAGAAGGACUGAUUAUUGGUUCCCUGCCAGCAUCUUGCCAGCAGGCUCUUCCUCUUGGUUCUGCCCGGAAACGAUCCAGCCCCAAAGUACCACUCCUACCAGCUGAGAAUAAAUGGAGAUUUACCCCAGAAGACUUAAAAAAGAUAGAAUAUUAUCUGCAAGAGGAUCAAGGUCCUACAGACAAUCCUACUCCCGCUUUCUUGCUCCCUUCAGGCCGGCUGAACCAAGCUAACUCUUCCGGAAGAGACUCCAAGGUGCCUGGUUCCCGCAGUGGACAGAACCAGCCCUCUAGGGGCCCUGCCAGCCACCCAAACCCCCGUUCACUCAGCAGUGGCCACCUGCAAGGCAAACCCUGGAAGUAAAGACUUUGUCUAGCUUAGUCAAAUAAAUGUUUUCCCUUCUUUCAGAACCCCUGAGCAGUUCCCAAGCUGGUCCUUUUCAGACACUGCUGCAGAAGAAAGACCACGAAACAUGGGACAGACCCUCUCCCCUCUCCCUGUCUCCAACUCCUUUCCCCACAGCCACCUUGGGAAGGAUUUUGACAAGUGACCGCAAAAACCAGAGGCGUGACAGGCUCUAGUGUCCUCCCUAUCGUUUACAGAAUAUUUAAGUCUUUGAAACUGAAUAGGAAAAAAGGACCUAACUUUUUUAGGCUUUUAUUUUAUUUGUUUUAAUAAGGUCCAGCUUAUUUGGUCUGUGUCCUGUAUUGUUUUAUAAAUAUUUCAGUCACAUCUGCUGGUGUGUUCUUCCCAACCCAUUUUUUCACUCACUGUUCUCGGUUUCCUAAAGGAUCCUCCAGGUAGGCUCAGCGUGGGAAGCUGUCCCCAGGGGUGCAGCUGAGCCUUAGCCUGCAGUUGCCUGCAGGCCCCACGCAGGGUGCAGGCCCACUCGCUAAGGAGCUCUCUUACCAGCAUAUUGCAGGCUCUGGUGUGAGUUUGGAGGCCGGCCGGAAAGCAUCUAGGCAUCGCUCAAUAUGCAGAUUAAGCAGAGUAGCUCUACUCUUCCUGAGUGCUCCCUUCCCUCAUUAGAUGUUUGCUUGGAGCAGAAAAGUGUGCAUUCAGCUGUCUUCACACCAGCAGGCUGUUCUGUCACAGGAAAGCCCCAGCCAUGUGCUAGGAGCCCCUUGAAGCCCAACAGAGCUGCCCCUCGCUUGUGGUCUGUAUAUCAGUCAUAAAUUUCUAUUGCCAAGCUCGGGUCUAUCCUUGUUAGAUGAGCAGAAAUUAUGGCUACUUGAAAAUAUUAGCUUCGGUCAGGCAACUGGGAACACACAGGGUGAAGAGGACUCCAAAGUCCGUUGUUAGGGCUGACAACCCCUUAAGCUCUUGCUUAAAAAUACAGUAUUAGUCUAAUUAAGUAAUUAGUGUGAUUUCCUGCUUACUUUUCAUUCUUAUGACUGAGCUGUGAUAAAGAAGUUGUGAUUAUAGAUUCUGGUUUUGGCCAGAAUUUUGAAUCAGCAUUGAUUGAAUUGCUAGGUGACUGACAUUCAUUCCAUUUAAUUGGGAGAACAAAAGACCUCAGGUAAGGAUGAGGAACUUUGAAAUCAUACAGAAAAGGAAAAGAGCCUUGUUGAUUUUUAUGGUCUGUGAUGAAGCUGUGAUAAGGGACUAAGGAAUAAAUCAUGCUCUUUGUCAUGGCAACCAGCUUCUGAAAAGCCAACUGAAAAUUGCCUGUCCUUAGGUGGUUACUGCUGCUGGGUAAGAUUUGCCUUAACGGUACUAUUUUCUCACCACCAAAAAAGAAAAAAAGCACCACAGUAUUUCUGUCAUGGGGCUGUGUUUGUAAGAGAAAUAAACGUAAUAAAUAUUUCAUAGAGACAUAUGGAAAAAUAACUCUCAGAUUCAGCCCAGUUCUGUUUUAGAGUGUGUUUAUUCUUCUUUACUUGAUUUCCAAAGCGCAACAUUUUCCGAUGCUUUAGAAAUCAAACAAACCAGGGAUAUUGUUCAUAUGUCAAGCCGUGCCCAAUUUUCCACAAGAUUCAAGAACCUUGUAUAAAAUUCAGCCAACGUACACAUAGCUUUAAUGAGGAGCCUGUCAUGUUUCCCCAUAAAUUUAUUGCCUGAGAACUCAGUUCAGCCUUUUGCUAAUGCCAGAAUGCUCUGGCUUUUUAUUUUCUUUACAGCAUAGAUAGAAAAAUGCAAAUUUUCCACACUCAGCUUUCCUCUAGCAUGGACAAAAUUUUCAGCCAUUUUUGAUGCAUAUACAUUUUUAAGAAAAAGAUAUUUUUCUCUGUAACAAAGUUCUGAUUAAGUUGACUAGUCAGAAAUUUAGACUUCUCUACCCUUUGUUCUGAUUUUGCAUUCCCAUCAUCAAACAACAUUAGAGUGUUAGAAACCAAUUGCGUGUAUGUGGAAAGUCAGUGUACCCAAACCUAUUAGAAUUGCCAUGUGUUUAUGUGAGAGAUCUGACAGGUUGAAUAUAUUUAUGUGUAUUUAUCCAUAGGCAAACCCUGUUAAGGCUUUAAAAUAACUACUUCUCAGAAGAUUUGUUUUGAUUCUAUACUUUGUGUGUUAAAUAUUACUAUCAGACAUUUUUUACAUGCUUGAAAUAUUGUUUUUAACAUUCUACUUUACUAGUUUCUUCGUUAGAUUAAGUGACAUGUAUUAUUUAAAUGAUCGGUGAUACUUGUGCAAUUAUGAAUGCUGAAGAUUAAAAUACAUAGCUACUAA